CUUCAGUUUUGAAAUUUCGGAGGUUUCGCCGCGCUGCGCGGCCCCAUUGCGUCUCUGAAGCGGUGAGCCCUGGAGACCCAGAGCCGAGAGUUUUGGGCCGGCCGGGGGCUCUGCUAGGGAGGCCGCCGGACUUGGAUCGGAGCAGCCCUUAGCAGACGCGGUGCAGUCGACCAGCGCCACCAUGGGGUCGACAGCCCCAGGGCCCAUUCACCUGCUGGAGCUAUGCGACCAGAAGCUCAUGGAGUUCAUCUGCAGUGUGGACAGUAAGGACUUGGUGUGGCUGGAAGAGAUCAAGGAGGAGGCCGAGCGCAUGUUCACCAGAGAAUUCAAUAAGGAGCCUGAGCUGAUGCCCAAAACACCUUCUCAGAAGAACCGACGGAAGAAGAGACGGGUUUCCUAUGUUCAGGAUGAAAACAGAGACCCCAUCCGGAAAAGGUUGUCCCGCAGAAAAACCCGAAGCAGCCAGCUGAGCUCCCGGCACCUCCGCAGCAAGGACAAGGUGGAGAAGCUGGCCACGGUGGUGGGCGAGAACGGCUCUGUCCUGCGGCGGAUGACCCGCGCCGCGGCCGCAGCGGUAGCGGCCACCGCGGCGUCCGCUGCCCCCUCGUCCAGCCCCGAGUCUCCCACAGCGCUGACCAAGAAGCCCACGAACAGCCCGGCCGAGGGCCAGCUGGUGCCGGUGGUGGAGAUCAGCGUCAGCGAGCGCCGGAGCGCCGAGCAGCACCUCCUCGGGAUCAAGUCUGCCCAGUCGCCUCCUGGGGCUCCGUCCCCUCCAGCCGCAGCUCCUGCCUCCCCUAGCAUCUCCAUGUCGGAAGAGGAAUCAACCCCCAAGAAACCAGAGGCCGGGAGACUGGAAUCUGUCACCGUGACCUCCCUAAUGGCCACACCCCAGGACCCCAAGGGCCGAGGGGUCGGAGCAAGCCGGUCAGCCUCCAAGCUCAGGAUCGCGCAGGCUUCUCCCGGCCCGCAGGACCUGUCGGGCUCUCUGGCGUCCCCGUGGCAGGAGCGGGUGCUGGCUCCCAUCCUGCCGGACAACUGCUCCACGCCCACGGGCACCCGCGUGGACCCGCAGUCAGUGCGGCGCAGCCUGAUCGCGCCGUCCUCCCCUGGCUGCCAGGUGUCGCUGGCCGAGAAGUACUCGCUGGUGGACCGGAAGGAGAAACCCGUCCGCAGGUCUAGCAGAAGGAUUGGCAAGAAAGCGGCGGAAGAGCCGGCGGCCUCGGCCCGCAUCAUCUGUCACAGUUACCUGGAGAGGCUCCUGAAUGUUGAGGUGCCCCAGAAAGUUGGCCCUGAGCAGAAGCCCGGCAAGGAGGCUGAGCCCGUGGAGACAGCUGAACCGGAGGUCCUGAAGAACGCGCCCCGCAGUGCCACCAAGAUUGCCAUUAGCACACCUGGCUCGCGACCUGUGGCUGGUGGCCAGGAAACGCCCUCUGAAGGUCAGCAAGAGCCCAAGACUGACCAAGCAGAUGGCCCCAAGGAGCGCCCCCAGAGUGUCAGGAGGAAGCGCAGCUACAAGCAGGCGGUCAGUGAGCUGGAGGAGGAGCCACAGCUGGAGGACGAGGAGCUGCAGGCCCCCAGGAGCAAGACCCCUUCCCCGCCCUGCCCUGCCAGCAAGGUGGUGCGGCCCCUCCGGACCUUCCUGCACACCGUGCAGAGGAACCAGAUGCUCAUGACCCCGACCUCGGCGCCCCGCAGCAGCGUCAUGAAAUCUUUCAUCAAGCGCAACACUCCCCUGCGCAUGGACCCUAAGUGCAGCUUCGUUGAGAAGGAGCGGCAGCGCCUCGAGAACCUGCGGCGGAAGGAGGAGGCCGAGCUGCUCCGCAGGCAGAAGGUGGAGGAAGACAAGCGACGGCGGCUGGAGGAGGUGAAGCUGAAGCGCGAGGAGCGCCUCCGCAAGGUGCUGCAGGCCCGGGAACGGGUGGAGCAGAUGAAGGAGGAGAAGAAGAAGCAGAUUGAGCAGAAGUUUGCUCAGAUCGACGAGAAGACUGAGAAGGCCAAGGAGGAGCGGCUGGCUGAGGAGAAAGCCAGGAAGAAGGCAGCAGCCAAGAAGAUGGAGGAGGUGGAGGCGCGCCGGAAGCAGGAGGAGGAGGCGCGGCGGCUCCGGAGGCUCCAGCAGGAGGAGGAAGAGCGGCGGCACCAAGAGCUGCAGAAGAAGAAGGAGGAGGAGCAGGAGCGGCUGCGCAGGGCGGCUGAGGCCAAGAGGCUGGUGGAGCAGCGGGAGCAGGAGCGGCAGCUGGCCGAGCAGCGGGAGCAGGAGCGCCGGCGGGAGCAGGAGCGGCUCCAGGCCGAGAGGGAGCUGCAGGAGAGGGAGCGCGAGAAGGCGCUGCAGCUGCAGAAGGAGCGGCUGCAGAGGGAGCUCGAGGAGAAGAAAAAGAAGGAAGAGGAGCAGCGCCUGGCCGAGGAGCGGCUGCAGGAGGAGCAGCAGAGGAAAGCCAGGGCGGCGGCGGCGGCCAGCAAAGGCCUGAAUGUGACUGUGGAUGUGCAGUCUCCAGCUUGUACCUCCUAUCAGAUGACGCCACAGGGCCACAGGCCCCCCCCCAAGAUCAAUCCAGAUAACUACGGGAUGGACCUGAAUAGCGACGACUCCACCGAUGACGAGGCCCAUCCCCGGAAGCCUAUCCCUACCUGGGCCAGAGGCACUCAGCUAAGCCAGGCCAUCAUCCACCAGUACUACCACCCCCCGAACCUGCUCGAGCUCUUUGGAAGCAUCCUCCCGCUGGACUUGGAGGACAUCUUCAAAAAGAGCAAACCCCGCUACCACAAGCGCACCAGCUCUGCUGUCUGGAACUCGCCGCCCCUGCUGGGUGCCAGGGUCCCCAGCAGCCUGGCCUACAGCCUGAAGAAGUACUGAGGCCCCCGGGCCUGCUCAGCGGUCUCAGCCCCUGUGUGUGUGUCUGCCUGUCCGCCCCUCUGUCGCUCGGUGCCAUCCUGCCUGGUGUUCUGUCUCGGGGGGUUGCCGUGUGUAUAUAAAUGUCCUCUGUGUGCUGCAGGCAGAACGGGGCCCAGGCCUGUUUGGAGGCUGCACUGGGUUGGGGGUUGGGGGAGAACCAGCCCAGCCCCGCCUGGCCUGCACACAGCACUCUGUAAAUAGGUUGGUAGAAUUCAGCGGAAUUUUAGCCUCUAGUGUUCGAGAGCUAGAAUAAUAAAGUCUGUUCCUUCAAGCCUGCUGUGGGUAUUGUGGGAUGGGGGGCCUUGGCAGAAUGUCCCGGACCCUGGCUCUGCCGCCCCGUGUCUCAGGCCACUGGUGGGCUGGGGGCCAAGGCACUCUUCUAAGGGCUGUGCUUCCAGGUCAGCUGGGUCUCCCAUGUCAAGAUGCUGACGCAGUGGGUGAUUCUGAUUCUGUCCUUGGGCAAUGCUGAGACUCAAGUCAGUUACCUGCAUGAUGGGGCAGGUGAAGCUACUUUCUUAUUUUCUGGGGAGCUCCUUCCUUGUAAAGGGAGGCUUGUUCAGUGGGAAAGACGUGGAGGUUGAGGUCACGAGGACUGGGCUCUUUACACAGCUCUGCCACCUAGCCCCACAGGCUCCACCCUUGCUGCAUGGGUAGUCAAAGGACUUGACAAGGUGUGCACACUGCUAAAGCAGGAAUUCUGAUUAGAAAGAUGUCUCCGGAAACCACGCUGGGACCAGUGCUUGCAAGCUGUUGAGGUUUCUCCAACAGUCCAGGCAGCUACUCGUUCAUUGCUUAGUGCUUGACACUUGGCGGCUGUGGUUGUGCCCCAGAGCUGCCUGCUCAGCUCCUUCUCAUCUGCUCCAGCCUCUAGGACAGGGGUUGGUGAACUAUGGCCUCAUGGGCCAAAUGAAACCUCAGGCAGUUUUUGUAAAGUUUCACUGGAACCCACCCAGUAGAAACAAAUAGAAACAAAUAUCUGUUGUCUCCGGCUGCUCUGCUGAGGGCAGAGUUAAAUAGUUGUAACAGAGGCCUUAUGGCCCCCCAAGCUGAAAAUAUGAUGGCCCCUUACAGGAAGUUUGGUGACCCCUGCUCUAGGACCCCUGCUUUGCUGACCCCCUUGAAUAAAGGCUAAAUUCAAGAGCACUUGAAAAUGAGGAAAUGGUGAGCAUACACAAUAGACUGAAGUUCAAAAGGACUCCACCCAUUUAAAAAAACAGAUAACAUUGGAUGGUUCAUUCAAAUACCGUGCACAGCUCAAAUUGGUUCCAUAUACUCUUGGACUAGAAACUUGUGUGGAGUCCGUUGGCGAGUGUGUCUUUACCUAGGACUGAUCAACUAUUUUGCUUUUAUGGACUGAACUUGUGUCCCAUCUUCUACAUCUUUGUCUAGCCUCAGUUGUCAGAGAUUUCCCUUAUAUUUUCUUCUACAUGUUUUAUAGUUCUGCCAAUAUUACAUUUAGGUUUAUGAUCUACUUUGAGUUAAUUAUUUUUGAAGCAUGAGGAUUAUGUUUUUGGUGUAUUUGGUUUUGGGGGCAUAUGGUUAUAUGUUCAGUGGUUCCAGGACCAUUUGUUGAAAAGACUUUGUUUUCCUCUGAAUUUCUUUUGCAUCUUUGUCAAGAGUCCGUUAGCCGUUUUUGUAUGGGUCUAUGUCUGCACUUGUGUUCUCUUCCACUGAUCUGUGAGUCUCUCCUGUUACCAGUACCACAUCAUCAAAGUUACGGUAGCUUAUAUCCAUCUUAAAAAUCUGUCAGUGUGACUCCUCUAACUUUAUUCUGCCUUUUCAAAAUUAUUUAGACUUGUCCAUCAAUUUUGCCUCUCCAUCUAAAUUUUAGAAUGAGCCUAUUUAUACAAAAGCCCUGCUAGGACUUUGAUUGGAAUUACAUUAAAUCUAUAGAUAAAUUUGGGGAGAAUUCACAUAUGAUAGUGAGUGUUCUAAACCGUCACGUUUCUUGUCUCUCUGUUUAUUUGCAUCUGGGGCUUCCGUCUGUGGUUCGUGGUCUCAGCAUACAGAUCCUGUACAAGUUUUGUUGAACUUACAGCUUAGUAUUUUAUUUUCUUGGAGCUACAGUAAAUGGUAUUGUUUUUCUAAUUUUUGUUACCAGUUGUUCAUUCCUGUAUAUAGAAAUACAAUUGAUUUUUGUGUGUUGACCUUGUA